AUGACGCAGGUUGACGACUACAACGAGAACAACAAUGGUGAGGGCGAGAUGGAUGACGGCGGCAUGACUGGCCCCGGGGCCCCCACGCCACUGUCAGCUCUGGAGGGCGUCGCAGGAUUGACGAAGCGAGACAUCCAACUGAUUGUCGACGGAGGCUUCAACACCAUUGAAUCCGUCGCUUACACCCCUCAACGCACUCUUGAGCAAAUCAAGGGCAUCUCGGAACAGAAGGCCGCCAAGAUCCUCGCCGAAGCCUCCAAGCUCGUGCCCAUGGGCUUUACCACAGCAACCGAGAUGCACCAACGCCGCAGUGAGCUCAUCUCGAUCAGUACGGGAUCGAAGCAGCUUGACACGUUGCUUGCCGGGGGUAUCGAAACCGGCUCCAUCACUGAGCUUUUCGGCGAGUUCCGCACGGGAAAGAGUCAAAUCUGCCACACACUGGCCGUCACAUGCCAGCUGCCCUUCGACAUGGGAGGUGGUGAAGGCAAAUGCCUUUACAUUGACACAGAGGGCACCUUCCGCCCUGUGAGGCUGUUGGCCGUCGCAAAUCGCUUUGGUCUCUCCGGCGAGGAGGUCCUGGACAAUGUCGCCUAUGCGCGCGCCUACAACUCUGACCACCAGCUUCAGCUUCUUCAGCAGGCGUCUGCGAUGAUGUGCGAAACGAGGUUCUCGCUCCUCAUCGUGGACAGCGCGACCGCGUUAUAUCGUACAGACUUUGUCGGCCGUGGAGAGCUGUCGUCGCGGCAAACGCACCUGGCCAAGUUCUUGCGUACUUUGCAGAGACUUGCGGAUGAAUUCGGCAUUGCCGUCGUCAUCACGAACCAAGUUGUGGCGCAGGUGGACGGCGGCCCGAGUGCCAUGUUCAACCCUGAUCCCAAGAAACCUAUCGGAGGCAAUAUCAUUGCUCACGCCAGCACAACGAGGAUCAGUUUGAAAAAGGGAAGAGGCGAAACCCGUAUCGCCAAGAUCUACGACAGCCCAUGCCUUCCUGAGAGUGAUUGCUUGUUUGCCAUCAACGAAGACGGCAUUGGUGAUCCCAGCCCCAAGGAUCUCGAGAAGGAUUAA